GGGGCUCGUGGACAGCGGGACCCAGACCGACAUCAGCUUCGGGGGGGCCGAGCCCCCCCCACUGCCCCAUGACUGCUUUGACCCCACGGACAUGGGGGACCCUGAGCGCCCCGAGGAGCUGGAGUACGAGGAGGUGGAGCUGUACAAGAGCAGCCAUAGGGACAAGUUGGGCCUCACUGUCUGUUACCGCACUGAUGGAGAGGAGGACGCCGGCAUCUACGUGGGGGAGGUGAACCCCAACAGCAUCGCGGCCAAGGACGGGCGCAUCCGAGAGGGCGACCGCAUCAUCCAGAUCAAUGGGGUGGAGGUGCAGGACCGGGAGGAGGCUGUGGCCUUCCUGACCCGGGAGCAGCAAACCAACAUCUCCCUGCUGCUGGCCCGGCCUGAGAGCCAGCGCUGGAAGGACAGUGACCGUGAGGAUUUCCUCGAUGACUUCGGCUCCGAUGAGGAUGGGGCCGCUCGGCAGCGCCGGGGCUGGAGCCCAACGGGACAGCCCCCCAGCCCCGCCCCUCCCUGCGCUCGGGGGGCGGAGCCUGACAGCGGCGUGGGACGCACGGACGAGAGCACCCGGAACGAGGAGAGCUCCGAGCACGACCCCCGGGGGGAGGAGGGGGACGGGACCCCCCCGAGGCCGGCACCGAGGCGCCCCCCAGCGGCGAGGCCUGGAACCGGUACCGGGGGCAGCCCCCGCGGCCCCGCGGCGAGAACCGGAGCGGGAUCCGGUAGAACCGGAUUCACAGCCGGUUCCAGAGCGGGGUCAGCGGCAGGACCCGGAGCGGGAUCCGGUAGAACCGGGGCCGGUUCCGGUUUCACCCCCGGCUCCAUAGCGGGGUCAGCGGCAGGACCCGGUAGAACCGGAGCCGGUUCCGGUUUCACGCCCGGUUCCAGAGCAGGGUCGGGGGCAGGACCCGGACCCGGUGUCCCCACAGCGGCUCCGGUCCCGUCCGAUCUCCGCCGGUACCGGCAGCUCCGGGGGGGCCGGCGGGGGCCGGGGGGGGGCGCGGAGCUGGCUCUGCUCGGGGAGGAGCUGCGGCUGCUGGAGCUCCGGUGCCGGCAGCUGCUCCGGGCUCAGGCUGCAGAGCGGCUCCGGGAACGAGGCCUCGCGGACAUCUCCGAGGCUCCGGAGCGCGACAGCACCAGCGCCUACAACACCGGCGAGAGCUGCCGGGGGUCCCCCCCCCCCACCGCGGCCGUGGGGGGCACCGGGCACCGGGACCGGCAGAGGGGGGGGGGUCCCGGGGCAAGCGGCCGGGCCGGGACCGGCUGCUCAAGGCUCGGGCCAUUAAGAUCCUGGAGGAACGAGGCGGCUCCACCACCGACGACGACGCCCGAAGUGAGCUCAAGACCGGCCGGUACUGGAGCCGCGAGCAGCGCAAGCAGCACCUGGCUCGGGCCCGGGAGCAGCGGCGGCGCCGGGAGCUGCUCCUGCAGGGCCGGACCGAGGCUCCGGUACCGGGAGCUCCGGAGCCGCCGGCCCCUCCCCCCCCCCCCGGGGCCGCCCCUCCCCCCCGCCGGGGCCACGGAAACGGAGCCGCCGCAUCCUCGAUAA